UUCGACAACAUUAAGUGGUGAAAAAUAACACUCAGAACAACAAUGGAAAGAUCCAGUUUUUUCAUUAUUACUUUAUUAUCAUUAAAUCAGAUUAUUUUAGGUGAAGCUUUUCUCGAAGGUUUUGCCCAUUCCAUAAGUAAUAUGAAUGAACAAUUGUCGAAAUUCAUGGAAGGCUUACAAGAAAGUGUCGAUUCAUGGGCAGAUAAAGUAUUGGAUAAUGCAAAAACCGAAGAAUGUUUCUUCAUCUGUCCAAAAGGUCUGGAUCCAAUGCAUAGACCAAAUUAUACCUAUACGCCUGUCGGUUGUAUCACAUUUGGAAUGCAGGUUAAAGCAGAAGAUUUACCAUCGAAAACAAUGAAAACAUGUUGUGAUCAACAACAACUAUGCUAUCAUCGUUGUAAUUCAACUAAAAUCGAAUGUGAUAAUCGAUUUCAACAAUGUCUACAUGAUCAAUGUAUUGAGAUAAGUCAUGAUAGUAAACAAGUGCUUGUUUGUGAAACAGCAACAAAACUACUGCUAAUGGGAAUAUUAUCAUUUGGUUGUAAGACAUUUAAAGAUGCUCAACGUGAAGCAUGUAUUUGUCCUCCGAUGGAAAAAUCGAUUGUAGCAGAAUUAUAAAAUAAAUGUUAAGAUUAUUACAUUCAUAUCAACAAUAUACUUGAUGAUUGUCAU